GAUAUCAGAGGAGAGAAAAAGGGAGACGGUUGACAUAAGCUGUUUUGUCCGCAACAUUACGCACAAGGCUGAAGGGGAUUGCCGAGUUAAAGGAGAAAAGAAAGUUAAAGAGUGAAGAACAUUUGACUUUUGAGGAAUUUAUUUAAACAAUUGCGGUUCUACUUCUGACCCCAUUGACAUUGGAUUAGCCUGUUCCCGGAUCAGCAUUUUGGGAGAACUUUGGUAUCCAGCAUGGAACCCGCCCAAUCAGAGAUGAGCAUCCUGCCCAAUGGGAAGAGUCAUGACCUGGCUGAAGAGAUGUGCGUACCAGUGAAGACCUUGCAUGAGGAGGAGCCAAAUGGCACUCACAGCAGCAGAUUUGAUGACCCGGAGGGAGCAACAGCAGAGAGUGAGGAGUUCUUGCCCACCGGUGGUGGCAAGAAGCCUGUGCGCUUCACUGACUUUGAAGGGAAGACCUCAUUCGGCAUGUCUGUAUUCAAUCUGGGCAACGCCAUCAUGGGAAGUGGCAUCCUCGGACUUUCAUUUGCCAUGGCAAACACUGGUAUCCUGCUGUUUCUGUUCCUUCUGACUGCAGUGGCUUUACUCUCAUUGUACUCGGUCCAUUUGAUGUUGAAGUCUGCUGGAGUUGUGGGGAUCCGGGCCUAUGAGCAACUGGGCCAGAGGGCUUUUGGUACACCUGGCAAGAUGGCCGCUGGCAUUGCCAUCACCCUGCAGAACGUUGGAGCCAUGUCCAGCUACUUGUACAUUGUUAAGUCUGAGUUCCCACUGGUCAUCCAGGCUUUCCUGAAGGCGGACGACACAUCUUCAGAGUGGUAUUUGAAUGGCAAUUACCUUGUGGUGCUGGUCAGCGUCUGCAUUAUUCUACCUCUGGCCCUUAUGAAACAGAUUGGUUACCUGGGCUACACCAGUGGCUUUUCACUCAGCUGUAUGGUCUUCUUCCUGACUGCAGUCAUCUACAAGAGGUUCCAGAUCCCCUGCCCCUUUGAGGACUACACAAGCAAUGUCACGGACGUGCACACUGUCUCUAACAUCUCAUUGGUUGACCAUGGCCACGCCUACCACAACGCACAUAUGGAUGAUGACUCCCACUGCGGCCCGCGCUUGUUCACGAUCAACUCACAGACAGCGUACACAAUUCCCAUCCUAGCGUUUGCUUUUGUGUGCCACCCUGAAGUGCUGCCCAUCUACACAGAACUGCGCAACCCCACCCAGAAGAGGAUGCAGAACGUGUCCAACGUCUCCAUCCUCAUCAUGUACACCAUGUACUUCCUGGCUGCGCUCUUUGGCUACCUUACCUUUUACGACAAAGUAGAGUCAGAGCUGCUUCACACUUACAGCCGCAUCGACCCCUUUGACACGCUGAUCCUGUGCGUCCGAUUGGCUGUGCUCACUGCUGUCACUCUGACGGUGCCAAUCGUGUUGUUCCCGGUGCGUAGAGCUAUCCAGCAGAUGGUCUUCCCGACGAGUGCCUUCAACUGGCUCCGCCACGUCGCCAUCGCUCUCAUCAUCCUCACCUUUAUCAACAUGCUUGUCAUCUUUGCGCCCAACAUCCUGGGCAUCUUUGGCAUUAUCGGUGCCACCUCUGCCCCAUGCCUGAUCUUCAUCUUCCCUGCAGCCUUCUACAUCCGCAUCAUCCCCAAAGACAAAGAGCCAAUGAACUCCACCCCUAAGAUUGUGGCGAUGGCUUUUGCUGCCUUAGGUGUCCUCUUCAUGUUCAUGAGCUUGAGCUUCAUCAUAAUUGACUGGACAACAGGCAGCAGCAAUGCGGGAGGCGGCCACUAGGGGGCUCCUCAUUUGGAUGGUGUUUGCGUGAAGUAUAGUGCAGUGAGAAUGUGUGAGUGUAUGAGAGUAUGCCUGUGUGUGUGUGUGUGUGUGUGUGUGUGUGUGUGUGUGUGUGUGUGUGUGUGUGUGUGUGUGUGUGUGUGUGUGUGUGUGUGUGCGCAGUGGCUGGGCCAGGGAUGGAUCAGUGGAAUGGAGGCAGUGAUGUUUGGGAAUCUUAACUUUUCAUGGGCAUUUUGUUUUUACUCGGAUCACACAGAAUGUUGUCUCCACCAAAGCGGAGCAAACCGUUAUUUUUCCGUCAGAAUCUCCAGAGGGCUUAAUCCACUUAGGUCAGACCAUUGAUAUACUGUUACAAGAGAAUCAGAGUUGAUCUUGCACUUUGUCAGGCCUGGAUGAAUAUACUUACCAAACAGCAGUAACCAGGUAUAGCCAAUGACAUGACUAGCAAAACAAACAAAGACAUACCAACAACAACAACCAAGAAAUUACUUCUGGUCAGUUCCCCUAACUUCUCCCUAAUGUUUUAAAUCAGGGCUGCAAAUCCACAGUUCACCAACUACUAGCCUACAUCAAAACAAGACCCCCCAGUAGGAAAUGAGCCUGAACUGGAUGAUGAGAACAUUCUGUAGAGAAAGUGCUUCUCUGGUCUGCAACUCAUUGACAGCACCAGGCUGUUCUUAGAAUCAGAAUCAGAGAUGUAGAUGUUAAAACUCCUCUGUACUUAGGAGGGAUGUAUUCACACUCAGACAAAUGUUUCCCCUUACUGUUUACCAAUUCACCCCUUCCAUCUGCCCCAUUCUCUUGGUGGCAUCCACUGGACCCAGCCCUACAUCGAACCUGUGGAUGUACAUAAGCACGAACCACGGCUAGUGCAGCACCCAUGCACAGCACAAACUUAAGUAGAAUUUUGUACACUUCUUUUUGGUAGGGAAACACUAUUAUUAUUUCAGCGUGUGUAUGUACAGUAUGUCGUGUUAGGUACUUAUAUGUAUAUACGCACACACAUAUAGACACAGAAGCUUUUAAGUUACAUUAUUUUUAUUAUUACAGAAUCGGAACUAAUGUGAUUUUUUUAGCUUAAUAGUGGCUCAAUGAAUGCUAUUUUAUGCAGAAAAGGGAGAGAUGUCAGUUGUGACAGUGUUAGUAUUUACGUGCCAAAGCCUACAUUAAACCAUCAUGGACUGAGUCAGGCCCUUUGCCCCCCUGAUCUCUACAUGAUAAAUUAUUCACAGGAGAUUAAAAAAACAGAAAUAAUGAAAACCUCAAAAAACAUAAUAUCUAUUUAUUUUAAUAUGUAUCAAGCGUUUCUAAGUUUUCAAGACAGGUUAUAUGUAUUUCAUCAGAUAGUGUGUAGACAGUACUUUAUGAUCAUGUACUUUACAAUCUUUUUCAGUGCCUAAUUGUGUAUAUUAUGUAGAGGCAAGUAAGAGCAUGACAAGCAUCACAGUCUCAGAAAAAUAACUUUAACGAGUGACCCUUAAAGCCUUCAGUAUUAUUUGCUGGUCAAUGGGUUUGGCUUCAGGAUACCCCAAAAAACAUAUGUGAGAUAAAGGCCUUCCCUGUAGGAAGAUAUGAGGUGUUAUACCUAGAUCACAAGAGAUGCCACUCUCUUGAGAGUAUUAUAGCAGACAUGUGGAGUUGCGUAACCAGGUGGGUGAGGAUCAGGUGACCUGCUGUGCGCUCCCAGAAUGCUGAGGUCCAUGACAGACAUCAGCUCACAAGCAAAACCACCUCUCACCUGCCAAUGUUUGUCUGGAGCAGGUGAUGUGCGCCAAAUUCCAGUUUAGUUUUUGGCUGUACAAAGGCAGACAGAUAUUAUUUUUGGCCAAGGAAUAUUCAGCGAAAAUAAUGUGUCCUGUCCCAGCAAUGGAUAUUGAGUUGUGUAUAUCGAUGCGGUUGCCAUCUUUUUACACAGUUGACCAUACAACAGUGUGAGCUGUUUUCAUUAAGUACUACUGGUAUAGUUACUCUUACACACAACACCUCUACUUUUACAUGACUGGCUCCCUGUGUGAGAGAUCUGCACUUUGCCUAUUAUUUGAACUCAUAGGCAAAGUGAAUUUAUCUUCACUGUGGACUCAUAGUCAUCAUCACGACAAAAUAGUUCUACAGUUAUUUGACUGACAAGGGGUUACCAUUGAAAACAUAGCCUGAAAAAAACAACACUUACCCCAGUAAUGUUCGAAUGACUGAAUAAAAAUCCAAAGGAUAUUUUUCCUGCAGAGGAGUUGUUUGGGACUGGUUGCUAAGGGCAGCACACAUCUUGUGACAGUGCGUCUUCAGCUGUGCUUUAUAAGCGCCUUUCGCUAUAGACCAGGUUUUUCUUGGUAGUGGCGUAAUGUUUUUUAGAGGGUGUAAGAUAGCAUUUUUUUUAGCUCAUGCGCCAGACCACACCUUAUGUCCUUAAUUGCCACACCCCUGGGCACAAGGUUAAAUAAAAGUGCCUUGCAGGGUGUAAGAUAGGACCCCAAGAUUCAUUCGCACAAUAUUUACAUGUAACAUUCAGGAGAAGUUUUUUUUCUAAAAAAUGUGUGUCAUUUAGGUCUGUCAGUGUGUAACACUAUUUGGAUAUUUGAUUGCUGUACAAUGCAAUAUUGGUACGUUUGUUUUCUGUUAAAUGUCUCAUUGCUGCUCAGUAUGGCCACUCCACAGUGGCUGUUGUCUUUGUUAUCCCAGUAUUAAAAACACAACACUUUCUUGGAACUUCAGUCAUUACCUCAUGCUGUAAGCAGUUAUGACCUGCCUUUACUGGCAAUUAUCUUCAGUGGUGCCAAAAAUGAACUUGCCUUCCUUCCCGUUUUCUUUUUAAUUUAAUUUCCCCCCACUUCUCCCCCCCCCCACUUCCGAGCACAUAUGAUCUGUUCAUUAAAUGUUUCUCUGUUUUUGUCUUGUGUAUGUACAACAUUUAAUAAUUGGUUUAAAAAAAACAUAUAUUUUAAAUGAAUACAAACAUUGUUUAUGGAUCUUUGGGCUCCUCCUGUUGCAUACGUAAAUUAUGUUCCAUGUAUAUAAAAACUACCGGCUUCUAUAUUUCAAGAAUAUUUAGCUUGUAUAGUGUAAAUAGCAGUUGUAGUUUGACAAUAAAAACAAAUGUAUUUGUUUUUAAAAACUC